UGUUCCACCAUGAAAACGUUCUAUGCUCUGAUUUAUUGUUUUAUGAUUGCUGUUGUUGAGAAAAACUCUGCAUAUUUUGAAAAAUGCUUUUUCAAAAAUGAUACAUGUGGAUGGACUGUGCAUGAAUCAGUUGUUAUGCCUGGAAAUUAUAUCCUGGUUUGUGGUGUAGGGGGCAGUCUCUACACAUGUUACCCUAGAUACCUAUUUCAAGAUGGUGAACUGUGGACUCGUAGAACGAUUCGAUCCAUUAUUUUGGCAGAACUCCCUUGGUCAAUCAGCGACCAAGUAGAAAAAUUAGACAACAGGUAUGUUUUGGCAACAAAUAGUUUUUCUAAGGAUGUGAUUGGGCAGUAUAACUUCUAUGUGAGCGAUAUCAUCAGUCCAAGGAUUCCAAUGUCGUUAGAGUUUCGCUGUCUGCACUAUUCCCACCUGGUCCUUGGUGACAAUGCAUUGGUCGUUGCUUACAUCACGGACUAUUUUGAACCUUAUGAGAUUUCUCAUUAUUUGAAAACACAUGGAGACUCUUCCUUUAUCAACUUUAGCAGAACUUCGGUUACACUACCAAUUGGAACAGAUUUUAAGCUAGUGUUCAGGGCGAUUCAAGAGAAUUGGAGAGGACUGAUUCUCAUUGACUAUAUUUCAAUAACAAACGGACUUUGUGAAUUCUGCGCUGAAAACGAGUUCCGGUGUAACGACUCCCGGGAUGAAUGUAUUCCUCUUAGUAAGGUGUGUGAUCUUAACAAAGACUGUUUGGGCGGAGAAGAUGAAAAGAACUGCGAUUCAGAAGCUGUUGAAACUGUUUGCAAAGAAAAUAUGAGAACGUCCCGCAACAAAAACCGGACUCUUGACGAAGGCAGUGCUAGUAAUGAUGUCGAUUUUAAUCUUUCCGUUUCCGAUUCUAAUGAUUGUAAGACUAGAGAUUGUUGUCCUUUUUGUGCUACCAACGAUUCUGAGUACUCGUGUCCUACUAAUUGUACCUCUUCUGGACUUUCGUUCAAUUGUACGUCAGAUAAUACACCUGCCUAUGCAACUUCUGUAACAAUUUCUGGUCUUGUCCAGGAUGCAUUGGUAUUCAAUGACAGUUUUUCAAACUUAAGACAAAUCAUAAUCAUUCACUGUAAAUUGCAAUUGUUGAAAAUUGAUCCUAACCUUACUAUACAAACAUUAACUAUAAGCAACAGUACAAUAGAUAUCGCUGAGGUUGACGACUCCACAAGCUCUCUUAGGUUUGUCCGUAUUGAAAACUCAACAUUUGAUGAAGUAAAAUUUUCAUCAGAAUCUGGACUUAAAUUUAACUUCUUUGUUCACAGAAGUACAGUAAAGAACCCGACUCAUAUUUCAUUUGUAACGGGAGGAUUUGUAGAUUUAUCGGAAACCACCGGCUUUCCUCUUACCAUUCCUAAUUAUAUAUAUGAUAUUAACGUUAAACCCACCAUAGUUAAUUUAAGUUCUUGUAACUUGAAUGAGCAACCCAUAUUUAGAAUGAGCAUUAUGGUGCUAGAUCUUAGCCGUAACAAUCUCUCCACGUGGUUUUACUCAUCUUUGUUUCAAAGUUUACAUCUCCAACAUAAUUCAAUUAGAGAAAUCAAUUUUACUAGCGAUUUAAGACAAUCUGAGGCUCAACUACAUUUCUUAGAUCUCUCCUACAACAUGAUAAAGGUGAUAAGAGAACACGACUUUGUAGAUUUACCGAAUCUUCUGCAACUUAUAAUUCGGAAUAAUCGUUUAGAGGAUAUUCACGAAAACGCAUUUUCAUUUAUAACAAAACUGCAUGGUUUGGACUUGUCAUCUAAUAACCUUCAUUCUUUGAAACGUAACCACUUUCUUCGUCUGUUAAACUUACAAUCCCUUGACCUGCGGAACAAUAAAAUACAAUUAGUGGAAGGACUGUUUGAUGGAUUAAUAAGUAUCAAAUAUCUACGAGUGGAUUCUUAUACUUUAUGUUGCGCGCAACCUAAGACGGUGAGUAAAAUACAAUGCACUGCACCAGUAGAUGAGUUUUCCUCUUGCAACAAUUUAAUCGGCAUUCCGUUACUUAUUUCACUGAUUUGGUACAUUGCUCUUUUUGCUGUCUUUGGAAAUCUUUUUAGUCCGUUUUACAGGGGGUUUCUACUAAAAGUUCAGAACCUCUCCCCCUUCGUGAUUUAUUCCAUUAAUUUAGGCUUUGCAGACUUGCUGAUGGGAGUAUACCUGUAUAUCAUAGCCGGGGCUAAUUUAAGGUUUAGUGGUCGUUACGGUUUUGAGGAUGAAGGAUGGAGACACAGUCACAUCUGUACUGUUGCUGGUGUUCUGGCUAGUCUUUCAAGUGAAGCCUCCGCUCUGUUUGUUCUUUUGAUCACAAUUGACAGAAUUAUCAUCAUACGAUCCCAAUUCACUUACAGUCAAAGAAGAAGUUUUGUUUCAAAAGUUACGUCCGCUUUCGUUUGGAUUCUAUCUCUAAUUCUAUCGUUGUUACCACUUUUGGAAAGCGGUUAUUUUGAAAAUUAUUAUUCUAGUUCGGGUGUCUGCAUCUCAUUACCGUUAUCAGUACAACGGAAGUCAGGUUGGGAAUAUUAUAUGGCAUUAUUUGUUGGAACCAAAUCUGUUAUUUUCCUAGCAGUUCUUUUGGGGCAACUUGUUAUAGUUGUUUAUGUUCUUCACACGAGAAAGGAUGUUUAUUUACGUUACACUAUACAACAAAGAGAAGAAGUUACCUUAACAAAGACAAUGGUGGCAGUAGCAAUCACAGAUGUGCUUUGUUGGUUGCCAAUUGGCGUAAUUGGUUUUCUGACGUUCAGGGGAAUUGACGUCGGGUCACAAGAGUACGCCUGGUUCGUUGUGGUUCUUCUCCCAGUCAAGUCUGCCUUGAACCCACUCAUCUAUAUGCUUUCAGAAACAUUAAAAUGGAUAACACGUAAACCUCAGAUGCCAAAGGUUUCACAUAGUUCUCAAAGUUCUCGUUCAAGCGAAAACACAAGACCUGGUGGAUUUGAUAAGAGAAAUGGUUCAACCAACAAGUUAAAAGCCGCCUAAUGAUUAUGUUAAGGCUAUUUUACUUUGUCAUUUAUAUUGUUUACUAGUGAAUAAAUAUUAUUUUAAAAUUG